UUUAAAAAAAAAACAAUUGUUAUUAGCAUUUUAAAAACAUUUUCAUUAAAAAGUGAAUUUCCAAUUUAUCUCAUCAUCAGUAGUAUCUCGACAGAACAGUGCUUCGGCCGCUCCACGGAACCAGGCGCCGCCUUUCCAGCCUCCUCUUGUAUCCUCUGCUCUCUAACUAAAUCCCUUGGAGUUAUCAAAACCCCCAUCCAAACAGACCUUAAGAGAGCUGAGAGAGAAAUGUUUCGGAGUCGAGUGGUAGGGUUGUUUUUGAAGAACAAUGGCAAGGCUCUGUACAAUAUCAAAGGAACGACGCCGUCUAGGGUUCUGAAUGAGGAGUCCUUCAGAUUACUCUCAACGGGAGUCACAAGGAAAUGCUUGGAUGGCUUUCGAUCCUUGCCCAAGGGUAACUAUGUACCAUCUAUAAGGAAUAUGUCCACUGUGGCUUCCGUAGGCAUUCAAAAUAAGGAGGGAUUGAAGCUUCUUGUAAAUGGAGGACCUCAUGCUCAGAAAAUGGUUGGCAUUUGGCUUUUUGGCUCUGCUGCAUGGGUUUUUAGUAUGGUGAUACUUGGCGGUAUUACACGACUUACACGAUCUGGUCUUUCAAUGACUGAUUGGAAAUUUACUGGGGGUCUCCCGCCUCUCUCAGAUGAGGAUUGGCUACUUGAGUUUGAGAAGUACAAGCAGUCCCCGGAGUAUAAGCGUGUAAAUCGAGGGAUGAGUAUUGACGAUUUCAAAUUUAUCUAUUGGAUGGAAUAUGCACAUCGUAUGUGGGGAAGGGCACUGGGUAUUAUGUUUGCCUUGCCAUUCUCAUAUUUUCUUCGUAAGGGGUAUAUUACCUUACAGCUUGGAGCGAGACUCUCGACUCUUUUUGCCCUUGGUGCUGGGCAGGGUUUAAUUGGCUGGUGGAUGGUUAAAAGUGGUUUAGAGGAGCCACCAUCUGAGUAUGCUCAGCCAAGAGUAAGCCCUUACCGUCUUGCAGCUCAUCUUACUUCAGCCUUUGCUAUAUAUUGUGGCCUUUUAUGGACUGGUCUUUCUGUUGUCAUGCCCGAACCACCUGCUGAAUCUCUAGCUUGGGUACGUGGGGCAGCAAAGGUGAAGCAACUUGCUCUCCCUGUAAGCUUACUUGUUGGAGUAACUGCUGUCUCAGGAGCAUUUGUUGCCGGGAAUGAUGCUGGGCAUGCCUAUAAUACUUUUCCAAAGAUGGGGGAUACAUGGAUCCCAGAGGAUGUGUUUGAAAUGAAGCCACUCAUCCGGAACUUCUUCGAGAAUACAUCUACUGUGCAGCUUGACCAUCGCAUCCUUGCAACUGCAACUUUGUUCUCAAUCGGUGCUUUAUGGUGGUCAACAAGGAAGUUUGACAUCCAUCCGGCAGUUCGAUCUUUGAUUGGAAGUGCUGUUGGCAUGGCUGGCCUUCAGGUCACUCUGGGGAUAUCUACACGCGCUGUUCCUAAUGUGCCUGGUGGAGGGCUUGGCACAGCGCAUCAAGCGGGGCUUGACUCUCUUGAGACACUAAUGAUCCUUCUCAAUCACACCUUGCGUAGGCCAUCGGCGCCCCUUCUCAAAUCACUACCUCAAGUUACAAAGACAAUCUAGAUGACUUUGCAGUUCAAUUUUGUAACGAUUGGACGUUUUAAUUGGGUCAAACAUUAUUUCUUCGGUUCUUGUGUUAUACGUAUAUCACCCGCUUUCAAGCUGGGGAUUGUUUUGCAAAUGUGCAGAAAUGUUCUGUUGUGGUUGGAAAUAAAUUUCAGAUUGCAAUAGUGA